AUGGUGUUACCUCAGAUCCUUCAGGCUUUUAAAAGUGUAAAACGUUUCACAGGGCAAGGAGUUGAAAAAAAUAAUGACGUUGCAAGAACCACAGUCUUGCGCAAGUCCAAUAAAUGGAAUAGCACAGAAGACGUUUUAAAGCAUGAUGCCAGGCUGUGGGAACUAAGAGACAGAGAAAGAACCAAAAGAGUUUAUAAUAAAGUCAAUAUGGACUAUUGGGAGUAUAGUCUACAUCAAGCGAGGAAAAACAAGAGACAAAAGUCUGCACAGUAAACUAAUAUUAUCAAUCAUAAAACUUUUAAGCAAAUGGGUCAUUGCAGAAAACAUCCACACUACCCCCACCCCCCACCAAUUGGAUAUCCAAAUACAUGAAUUGACAAUUAUCAGAAAAAAAUUAUCCCCUCUCCUUGACAGUAGAAAUUUACUCCUUAGAGAAUGUGGCUCUUUUAUGAAAUGACUCAAUAUUUACUGAACAUUUUACAGCUCAUUUGUUGAUGGCAAAGUUAUGAUUGUGUUAGUCAAACUACACAGUAAUCAGGAAAGCUCCUGAUUGCUAACUCUACCUGUAGUAAAUUGUAUAUAAUGUUCAAAUUUUACUUUCAAAAUACAAAACCAAUGCUCCAAUUACAUAGUAACAAUAACAUAAAACAAAAUUAUCAUUGUUGAUUCUUUUAUAUAUCAGAGUUCAAACGGGCAAUCCGAUGCAGUUGUUACAUAGUUUUAAUAUUUUCAGUAAUUUCAAAUAAAGUCGAACCAAUCACCAGUGCAAUCUUGUACCUUUCUCCUCUUGGGGAGAAAAGACCCUGGUAGAUGCUGGUCACAUGAUCUGCUAAAAUCUAGCAGAUUUCUAAUUAACAAUCUUACAACAAAUUCAUACAAAAUGCAAAUUAUAAAUUAAACUAUAAAAAUCAUCCAAAUAUCAAAAAUUUAUUGACCUUGUCUUAGAUUGCUAAUUAAAAAUUUGCUAGAUUUUAGCAGAUCACAUGAUCAGUGUCUACCAGGGUCUUUUCUCCCCUAGCCAAUAGGAAAGACACUGGGUACGAGGUUGUCACCAGUGGGUUAUUUUGACUAACAUCUUCCAGUUAUUAUGUAACCCCUGUGAUGAUUGGUCUCAGUUUAAUUUGAAAACAUUUAAAAUAUGAGGUGGGUUUGCCCCUUUGGGCUUUAAUAUAUUUAAACAUUGUUCGGAAAGGGGUAAUGUUUCUUUCCACCCUUUUGCCAAUGCUAACCUCCUAAUAGACGAUGGAUAUUGUGAGUGGUUGUUUUUGCCACUGGAUGCUGAGCUUCUCGAUAUAAUAACUAGAGGGCACUCAGAGACUGCGUACCUCAGCCCCCAUUGAAUUUCGGUUGUGUGAAAUGCAACUAAGACAAUAGAUAAUGAAGGCUGAAACUUAAUGAGGUUUAUCGUCUCAUUGUCUUCUUAGUACUGUGUGCAUACAUUAUUCACGUCCUAAUUAUGCAUUCAGUGAGUUUUUUUUUAAUUGACCGGGAAAAGCAAGACAAAAUUUUGUUCAUUUCUCGUUCAAUUUUUAACCAAAUUCAACUAAAUUUUAAUCAGUUCUUCCUUAGCCGAUGGGAAAUGCAUUCAAAAAAUUUCAUAUCAAUAUGUUUGGUAUUAUAUUUGUGAUGUUAUGCUGAGUGUAUAUCCACACCAUCAGAGUAGCAUCACAAAUAUCAUAUUCACCUGAGUACACAACGCCAACACAGAAAAAAAUCAUGUUUGGUAUUUCUUGAGUUAUCGUGCUCACAGACAAACACACACAUACACACACACAUACAAACCCAGAUGAUUACAUAACCUCCUGGCUCUGGUAACAAGGUAAUGGUUGCAUCUGUUCUUUAAUUAUAGCACGAUUCCGAGGACUGCGGCUUAGAAAUAGUCUAAAUUUGGCUGGAAAACGCAACUUUACACCAUCACCUAGUUGAUCAAGUACUUGAUACCAAUUUGCUGACCAUGAACAUCUUGAAAAUCUUCUUUAUUAAGAAAAAUAUACUUCCCAUCAUCACUGGUGGUUCCCUUGUUGUAAAAUAUAUGAUGGAAUAUGUCAUGUCAGAAAGGGAUAAUAGUUGGUGAUAAACUCUUUGAUGAAAGAUUCUCCAAAAUAGCAAUGUGAAAUCUUCCAGGCUAAAAUCUUACUCUUUGUGUCUCUUUUUCAGGAAUAUUUUGCACAUUUUACGUUAUUGUAAGUGAUUUAUUAUUGUUUUCUUUAUAAAAUUGAAAAUAACUUGAAUAUGUAUGACAAAUUGGAGUUCAUUAUUAUUUUGAUUUGAGAAAAAAAAUAUUUACAAAUGUAUAAUAAUAUGAAUUAUAAGUUGUAAUUCACAUGAUUUCUUGUUUUAAAUAUUUAAAAAAUAUUAAAAAUGCAACAGUUCAAUGAAGAAAUAAAUAAAAAUUUGAUUGAUAAUGCUGGGCCGCAGAGCUGUAAGCCUGUUCGAUUUUUUUUCUUCGAACGGCCCAGUAUUAUCCGUAAAGACUGGGUUCUAAUUUAAUUUCCCGCCAUUCCACAGUUACACCAUUAUGAUUAUUGUCUAAUUGAAAGAUCGAUUUUAAAGUAUCGCAUUAACAAACAGGACAAAGGUAUAUAUCACACACACUUGUAAUGAAAUGAGGAAAAGGUAAAGAAAGUUGGGAAGAAGAGUUGGAUUAAAGCAAUGUGGCAAAGAAGAUCGAAAUUGUGCUCCAGAAAAAAGAGCGCUUGGCAAAAUCCCAAACGAUACAUUGGUACAGAGGAUGAUUGAAAAAAUAUGAGCCAUUGGAUAGGAGAGAUUUUGUUCCAUUUUCAGAUAUGAAGAGUUGUUAAUAGAGAAUAUUAAAGAUGCUUGUGAACAAUUCUAUAACGCACCGGCAGGAUCGUGUGAUAUUCUUGCCUCGGACAGAGGCAAAAAUGGAACAAAUCAAAAGGGAAAAGGUAUACUUUAUCCGUUUUUACUACCCGCCGAGCAUGAUGCGUCACAACAGCCUAGAGUUAAGGGGUCAAAUUCCAUCAAAGAUUGUAGAAAUGGAUGGGCCACCAUCCUGAAAUGCCAAGCCCCAAAUUGGCCAGAACAGUUUACCCAAAAUCAGUAUCCAUUGGGGAUCUACUUCGGGCAGGGUUACCUCUACAGUUAACAACUCUCAGUUUGGAAAUGGUUGUUGUAGAGAAAUGCAAGUGGAUAAAAACUGCCUUGACUUUGUCUGUUGAAAUAAAGGAAACCAAGUUUGACAGUGGUGCCUUCAGAGAUGCAUUCCGAGCCAAAUGCACAGAUAAAUAAUCUAGUUUGGUAGGUGAGUGGGUAAUAAAUAAAUACAGAGAUGAAGCAAUUACCACCAUACAGGAACAACUACAAAUGACUGUGGAAGACCACACAAGAAAGCAGGUGCAAAUGCAUGCUGUUGCACGGAAUUUGACUGCACGUUUUUCUGCUAAAGUCCCAGAGGAGUUUGGAAAAACUUUCCAGUAUGACAAAGUGUUUUAUUCCCAUUGGAAUGAAUGUCCUGUUACUGUUGAAGAAUAUGUACCAGGUGUCUUCUCUAAGUACAUUAACAAUGAUGAAGACAUAAUUGAACCUGAUGACAUCUGA